GUAACGCCUUUAUUUUAUGAAGUUACCGCAGCACACCCACCCCGACUGCUCUUUCAUUCUAUUGGAAAGUUGACUGCCAAUCUGUAACUGGAGAACACUCGAGUGCUAGUAGGCACGUUGACACACCCUAAAGUUACCGAUUUAUUUUGACAAAGAACUCCGAGCAAGGAAUUAGUUAAAAUAGCCAUAUCGAUCCAGCAUCGGAUAAUUCAGGAAAACUUUUGUUUUCUUUCCUAUUCAGCAGCCAUGAAAUCUUGCUUAUGGAUUGCGUUGUUUGUAACUCUUGCUAUAGGGACAAAAACACAAGACUUUGAUCUUGCUGAUGCCUUAGAUUUAGAUAACCCUAAGGCAACUGCUAUUCCAAAACAGCCAAAGAAACCUGCAAAGGAUCCCAGUCCAGGAGGUGGAUUUGAUCUAUUCGAUGCUCUUGGUCCAGAAGAGCCCGAUAAACCAGCUGGGAUCCCUCCUAAAGAAGGUGGAACUAAUCCCAAACCUGCCCCUCCACCUGCCGCACCUGUAGAUCCCAAAAAACCAGCUGAUGAUGGGAUGGGUUUUGACCUGUCUGAUGCCUUGGGUCCAGAUCCCGUACCGGGUAAACCAGCUGUUGUUCCACCUAAAGAUGGAGGCACCGGUGGCGGGUCCUUCGGAGACAAUGACCUGUUUGAUGUGAGCGACAACGGUGGCUACAAGCCUGAUCCCGGCAAGGGAGGUGGAGGAGGAGGAGGAGGAGGAGGAGGAGGUAAUGCUCCUGCAGAUCAACCUCAAGAUCUAGACCUACUGUGGGGCCAAUUCCUGAAGAUGCUAGAUGCUAACAUGCCAGAGGGUGUCCAUGUUUGGAUAUCCAACAUAAAGCAAGCAGUGUUGCCUCUGUUAGAGAAGGCCAUGGAGCUUUUGGAUGUGGGCCAAUGAAUGAGCCUCCAGUGACUUUCAGGAAUCAGGAAAUCAUCUAUCCACCUAUGUUCUGAUUGGUGCUCAGAUAUGAGGGAGUGUUCUGAUUAGUUGUUUACAUGGUCUUAAAGGUUUGAGGUGCUUUAAAACACCUCUCAGGGCUGAUCUUACAAAGCAAUGGUUUGUACACUUAGACAAAAUGGUUCCAAAAGGUUUAUUCGGCUGUCCCUAUAGGAUAACCCCUUUGGGUUCCAUGUAGAACUCUCUUUGGUUCUACCUGGAACCAAACAGGAUUCUCCUAAUGGACAGCUGAAUAACUCUUUUAGGUUCUAGAGAGAUCUUUUUUUGUUCUGAGUGUAGGCUCCAGUUUUCACUGGGUUAAAGCUAAGGUUAGUACAAAUUUCAGAGGUUUUAUCCCUUAAGGAGUGGGUGUGCUCUCCAUCCCCUCUUUGACACCCCACCCUUCUCUUUACUUUCUGAAGUCACAGUUUCUGAAUCAUCCCUAUGUGUUGAGCUUAUGGGAUUCUGUUUUGUAAAAUGUUACAGCUAUAAGACUAAAGAUAGUGGUUACUGAUAUUUUUCACGGUUAGUGUGGUUUUUGAGGCAUUCUUAUGCAUUGCAUGUAGUUGUUUCAUAUGUGUGUUCCUUCUUGUGUGAUUAGUCUUUUCAGAUGACAUGUCAAUUAAUGCAAAACAAUAAUGAAGAUAUAAAAAAGCUAUGUUUACAAUUUUUGACAAUUAUGGGUCAUUGUCUCGGAAGGUCUUUGUUGAAAUGUUUUUCCUGUGUCGCGCCCUGUCAUAACAUGCCCAUCAUUACUAUACCCUAAGCCUGUUACUUACUAAUGCUUUUGCAGCCUAGCCCUAACAGCCCCACACAGAGGCCUAGUCAGCACACAUUCCUAGCGUAGCCAAACUUCACAGCACUCGGUUGAAAGAUCCAACACUUUUUUUUUACGCUAAUGUGUUCCAGAACAAACUGACAUGCGGUUCUCUCAGAUUCCAAUAUUGACAACAUGAAUGACUUAUUCUGAAACACUGAAGGAUAUAUUUGUUCAGCCAGAAAAGAGGUUAUACAAUCCUGUGCGUUUACAAAUGAUUUAUGUCUCAUGGUGAAUGUUCCUGUAAGGUUGACGGAUGUCUUUUUCAUUGGGGUAUGUUUCUUUGGCCACUUGCAUUCAAAUACAAAAUAUGGUUUCCAUUGCAACGUGUCUUACCAUGUUAGAAGUGCUACCUCUUUUUCUUGUGUGUGUUACAGCAGAGAGGUUAGGUAUCAACACAUUGCCAUUGUCUCUUUGUCUAUUGUUGUAUCCCUUCAGAUGUUAAUAAAGCCUGCUGAACGGUG